GCUCUCUCUGGGCUAUUGAAGCCAGAUCACUUAAGCUUGCAUUUAUAACACCAAUGACCAAUACCAUUUACCAAGAAUUGCAAAAGUCAUUAACAAAAGAGUGUGACUUACUUAUUGAAUUAUUUCCAGAGAGCUUUACGAAUUUACCAAAUCUUCAUGUGAAUGUUUAUCUUUUACAACAUGCUCAGAACUUUGCAACGCUAACCAAUGUUGCCGUAGGUGUUAAAGAAAUAGUCCAUAGCAUUUUUAAGAGAAUGGUUUCACAUACCAACUGUAAAAUUAUUGAGCUCGAACUCACCUGGCUUUAUAAUACAAUACAAGCGUUAAGACUUAUUUUUGAUGGCUGGCAAAACCCUCGAUUUAAUGUUAAUACUAAUAUGCUUUCUAGCUUUGUUACAGAUCCAUAUCUUAAUACAAUGUUUUCAAACUG